AUGGUUAAGGUUUCUAUCAACGGUUUCGGCAGAAUCGGCAGAAUUGUCUUGAGAGUCGCUCUACAAAGAUCCAACAUCGAGGUUGUCGCCAUCAACGACCCUUUCAUCUCGGUCGACUACGCCGCCUACAUGUUCAAGUACGACUCCACCCACGGUAAGUACCCAGGUGAAGUUUCGUACGAGGGUAACACCUUGAUCAUCGACGGUAAGAAGAUCCAGAUCUUCCAAGAGAGAGACCCAGCUCAAUUGCCAUGGGGUAAGUUGAACGUCGACAUCGCCAUUGACUCUACCGGUGUCUUCAAGGAAUUGGACUCUGCUCAAAAGCACAUUGACGCUGGUGCCAAGAAGGUUGUCAUCACUGCUCCUUCCUCCACCGCCCCAAUGUUCGUCAUUGGUGUCAACGACAACGAGUACGCUGGCGAGAAGAUCGUUUCCAACGCUUCCUGUACCACCAACUGUUUGGCCCCAUUGGCCAAGGUUAUCAACGACGCCUUCGGUAUCGAGGAAGGUUUGAUGACCACCGUCCACUCUUUGACCGCUACCCAGAAGACCGUCGACGGUCCAUCCCAAAAGGACUGGAGAGGUGGUAGAACCGCUUCCGGCAACAUCAUCCCAUCCUCCACUGGUGCUGCCAAGGCUGUCGGUAAGGUCUUGCCUGUCUUGCAAGGUAAGUUGACCGGUAUGGCUUUCAGAGUCCCAACCGUCGACGUUUCCGUUGUCGACUUGACCGCCAAGUUGGCCAAGGAGACCACCUACGACGAGAUCAAGGCUGUCGUCAAGAAGGCUGCUGAGGGCCCAUUGAAGGGUGUUCUAGGCUACACCGACGACGCUGUUGUCUCCACCGACUUCUUGGGUGACUCUCACUCCUCCAUCUUUGACGCUGCUGCCGGUAUCCAAUUGUCUCCAAAGUUCGUCAAGUUGGUUUCCUGGUACGACAACGAGUACGGUUACUCCACCAGAGUUGUCGACUUGGUCGAGAAGGUUGCCAACUAA